UUUAAAUUUCCUUUUCCCGUCUCUGGUCUGGCUUUGUUUGACUUUUCCAGACGGAAUAUUGUAAACAAGAUGAGUACUCAUUCUGUUGGGGGCGAUUCUCCUGGAAGUCAGCAAAGGGGUGCUGUCGUGGGCUUGGAUCUUAAUAGGGCUCCACCUCGUGCUAAUCAUUUGCAAGAGGGACCUUCAAUUGUAUCAGAAUCUCGUGUAGUUCAAGCUGUCCAGCAACCACAGUUUAUGCAGCCUAUUGAUGUGGAGGCUACUGAUGAUGAUGUUAUUGAAUCUACACGAAGUGCUUUUGUUGAGGCUAGAAAUAAUUCAAGAAGAAAUCGUGGGAGGACUAUAAUUGAUGUGGAUUUAGAUCAUGUAAGUCAGGUGACUGAAAUUUCUCCCAACGACUGCAGAGGAGAUUCUCUGUGCCAAACAGUUCCUAAUUGUGAUGUAUAUAUAAACUUGGAAGGAAGUAGCAGUUCUGAGAGGGAGGAAAAUAUAAAGUCAACUGAACCUCCAAAGGAGCCUGUCUUUCAUUGCCCAAUAUGUACAAAACCAUUUGUGGAAGAAGUGUUGACAAGGUGUGGUCAUAUAUUUUGUAAGAGAUGCAUUAAGGAUACUUUAAAAGCACAAGGCAAAUGCCCUACAUGUGAGCAGAAGGUUACUGCAAAAGGGCUCAUAAGGGUGUUUCUACCAUCAACUGGCUCUCCUUAAAAUUAAAUUGAGUUUAAAAUCACCAAAAUUCGAACUUUUGAUACUGGCAGUUGGAACCCCAGUUGUUUCUUUGGGUAACAAGCUAUAUAUUAUAUGAUACUUCUGAAUAACUUGGGCUGGAGAUGGGUUUGGACACAACUAUUUACUUCCUUCAUGUUUCUUUAGCCCCAAAUAGAAUAUGUUGGCCUAAUUUUAAAUUCGGAUUCUUAAAAGAUUAUUUUUGCUCUUGGGUUUUCAGCCCAAGGAAAAAAUCUCUCAUAAAAUGGGCCAGUUCUUAUUUUCCACAAAUUAUUUAGCUUGUAAAAUUCCGAACUUCUACACAAUUGUAUUCUUAUUUAGCAUGUCAUAUGACAAAGUUGGGGAAGAAAAAAAAAUCAACACA